AUGAGUCAGCGGACCGAGCGACGGGGGAUACAUGUGGACCAAUCAGACCUGCUGUGCAAAAAGGGAUGUGGUUACUAUGGAAACGCAGCAUGGCAGGGCCUGUGCUCCAAGUGCUGGAGGGAGGAGUACCAGCGGGUACGGCAGAAACAGAUCCAGGAUGACUGGGCCUUGGCAGAAAAGUAAGACCGUCUGGUGCACAAAUACACUCACCAUCUGGGCUGAAAAGUCUGAACGUUUCACCAAGUGGUUUAUUGCAGCUCAGUUAGUUAUUUAGACAAGAUGAGUCGGUGAUAAUGACGUUUUCUUCUGUCAAACUAACAGGUUGGUGUAUGUUUUUCUGAUUGUUCUGCUCUGUAACAUUUCUGUGGCUCUAGGUUGCAGAGAGAGGAGGAGGCAGCAUAUGCCAGCAGUCAUGGAGCGCAAACACAGUCUCACACUCAGUCCACAGCUCCACAAACACACCCAGGACACACCUCACUGGGACCCUUCUCCAAGUUUGAGGAGAAAAAGACGAACGAGAAGACUCGUAAAGUGACCACCGUGAAGAAGUUCUUCAGCCCUUCGUCACGAACCGCACCCAAGAAAGGUCAGACAUUUACAGAAACAUGUAGCUGACAGAGUGUCCUUUGUGAAUGACGACUUUUCACAUGAUACUGGAAGAAAAAGUAUGGCUGUACAUAAUGAGAUUGGUGACAGCAGAAAUCCAUUUCACUGCUUCAGUUUCAGGGUCAGAUUUUCUCUGAGUGUUAGAGUAUCAUGUCUGGGACUCCUACCAAUGAAACAGCGACAAACAUCGAUGUUGCUUGUGAAAAUGGUGCUUUCACUGUUUGUGAUCAAAAAAGCUUUUCAGAGAGAGAUUAGGUGACUGACAUAAAUUUGGACCCCUUUAGAAAAAGAUAGACUGUGAUCCUCAUCCAUCACCUUGUAAUCACCUUGUAGUAAUUCCUCUGUUUUUUCACCAAGAGAUGCCAAAUAAAAACGUGAGUGUUAAAACCCUGACCCAGCUCUGUUUACUGAGAACAAGCUAGUCCAGAUCAGGGUGUUAAAGAAGGAUUUUAUUCACUAUUAAUCUGUCGACUAUUUUACCUGGGACCCUUGGAAGCACAUUCUAUUUACAUGGUCACAGGGUGGAGACGUCUAGGGAAAACACAAAACAUAGUAAGGUGUCACUUAUAACAAGCCUCAACAGACAUGCAUCCAAAUUAUUUACUUAAAGAUACAUCUACAAAUACAAAGAAAUGUGUUUUCCUUUUAAUGGAAAAUAUUUUUUACCAAAUCAAUUGUAUACUUCUUGAUUAAAGCUCCUGUGAGUUUUAUUGGCAUUUAUAAAAUAGACUGAAAUUCAUACUGAUUGUUUUUAUAUGAUGCACUAAGUCAGACAUGACCAUAAGAUACAAGAGUGAUGAUUUUGAUGUUGUUAUUUUUAGUGCCUGAAACUGAUGCGAGGGGGUAGGUGUCAGCCAAGCAGCUGAAGAAAAGAGUUUUUACAACAUCCGCGUUAAAUAUCCAGAUACGUUUGAGCGUUAAAAGUCAGCAGGAUGAGUCUUUUUAUCAGAAGACACAGAUGGAGCCUGUCAAGGUCAAAGAAAGCAAAUACUGCUCUGUCCACAGGGGGCGCCAGAAUUAACACCAACCAAGAGUUCCUCACAGGAGCUUUAACUGAAUCCAAACUAAAUCUAAAAACAAAGUUUGUUCAAACAUAUUGGAGCAAAAGCUACUUGAAUACAGUUACAGAUCUUCAGUUUAAAUGAUGUUUGAUAAUACUUGUGUACUGUGAUGUUAUUGUCAAAAAUGUUGAAAAGAUAUUAGACUUUUAUUUUUAUUUGAAAAAAGUCGAGAAGAUUAAUCUUGAACUUUGAAGUUUUUAGUUCAUCAAAAAUAUCCAGCCAUGACUUUCCAAAUAAAGAAUACACCAGUUUUACAGAAUGUGUUUGAUUGUAUUUCUAAAUGGAGUUUUUCCUCAACAGAAACCCAAGAAGUAAGGACAACCAGCCCCUCUCUCAGCCGCCACGCAAGCUUCGAAACAGACCAAGUGUCCAAAGACUUUGUGGACUUCUUAAAAAACCUCCAGAAGCCGGGGCGGGAGAUCCAUAAGCAGUGCCGUGCUUUUAUUGUGAACAUGUCGGGCAAAAAGGUCUGUGAAUGACAAACAUUAAGGGUUAACUUUUCAGUACUUGUAUGAUUUGUUCAGCACUAUAUGAUCCUCUAACCUCUUGUGUUUUUAGGACCUGGGUGCAGACGAGCUGUCUGAGUGUGUUCAAGAUUUCUACCAGAGCAUGGCCGACCGCUUGAUGAGCCACUAUAAAGGUGAGGGUGCGGCUCUUACAUUUCAGGAUUACAUACAAAGUUAUUACUCUGUUUUCACGCUGAGAAAUAUCAGCUGAGGAAAGUCGAGAAAUAUAAACUAGGAUCAGUAGCGUGACUUUAAUUGGUGCAAAGAAAAUGAGCCCGAUGUUAAGUUACACAUUCAAUACUGCUGCAGGGUCCUCAGAGUCUGUGGAGCAGGUGAUGGACCAGGUGGAGAAGUACAUAAUGACUCGUCUGUAUAAGAGCGUGUUCUGCCCUGAAACCACUGACGAUGAGAAGAAGGACCUGGCCACGCAGAAGAGGAUCAGGUGGGACUUGUGGGAUUUAUUUACAGUCUGUUUGAGGAUGAAUUUUUUGGGUUUCUUUUUGUCUAAGAGACUGUUCUUAAACCUGUUUACAAAAAGUCCUAUUUUUCCCCGUUAAAAGCCUUUUGCUCACUCUGGUUAUUCUCUAUAUUUCAGGGCUUUACACUGGGUGACCAUUCAGAUGCUGUGUGUAUCCAUGGAUGAAGAAAUCCCUGAAGUGUCAGAGAAUGUGGUCAAAGCAAUAACAGGUGAGGCUCAGACCGUCUGUGUGAUACGGAGGACUUUUUUUCUGUCUCAGCGUCUGCUCAGGAUUUUACAUUUCAUAGCCUCAUGAUGUCAGCUCUUUACACUCUAAAUUCUCUGCAUACAUAGGCCAUAAGUUUGUUUCUAAAGAUCUCUUUUUGAAAAGCCUCCUUUCAGCCAUAUUGGCUGAAAGCUGUCACGCCAGUCCGUCAUGAGCAGAGCAGAUGGUCAUGCUGAGCCAGACACCAGCCCGCUGUACAGACAAGAUUCACAGAGUCUGAACAACAAACUAAGUUUGCUCUAACGCUGAGACUCAUUCUUUUCAAUCUUGAAAACAUGGACACCUGUCUCGCAGAGAUAAGAAACGUACGCCGGUUAAGCUGAUUACAGUCUUAAUGCUCAGCUGCAGCUGUGAAAGAGUAUUUUAAAAUCCUGCAAAUGUCAGUGCAGUCUGUCCGACACUGGUGUGGUUCUUAGUCAUCACACCACUGACAAUAGACGUUUGAAUGAUGACAAAAAGGCUGCAGUGCGAGAUCAACCUUUAUUCUCUCUAGUUUAGGUGCUGUGAAUGUCUAUAGAUGCUAACAUAACCUAAGAGACCUGAUUUUUAUUUGAUGAUAAAACUGUAUGAAACAAAUUAAAGAGUUGCACUCGUUUUUUUCCACCAUUUCAAUUAACAACACUGUUUUGCUUUGGUUUCUAGAAGUAGAGGUCUGUUCUUUUGCAUAUUGUUCACCAACUACGACAACUCUUUACAAACUUCUCAGUGACCCAUGCCGUAAUCUCUCCCUCUUUUUAUUGCUUUCGCCAUUGUGCUGCUGAGAGCACAGCGGCGGUGGGCACUUGUCACUUUGUUUUUGGUGAUGUUUAUUAACUACCUUUCAGUGUUUCUGCUCUUUGAGUACGACAACACCAGCUGAGUGGAACAGAUGCCGUGCAAUGUUCAGGUGGGCGGGGUUUUUUGGAGAGAUGCACAGUAAAAGAGAAAGAGAUCGAAACCUUUUUAUAGCAUAAUGUUAGUGUGGCUCGCAGCUGCUUUGGUAGUUAUAAGGCUUUGUUUAUAGAAUUUAUCUAUAGAUCAAGAACACGCAAGAGGAAGAAAUGUCCGAGACCGAUGUUGUGUGCAUGAGUGGAGACCACAAGAGGAUAUUGAGUAAGACUGUAUAUUUGAUACAGCUUCAAAUUAUUUCCUCAAAAUCAUCAGCAAAUCAUUUUGUCUAUAAAAUAGAGUAUAAAAGUUUAUAAAAGCAGAUAAAUCUACAUCACAGCUUUGAAGAAACCAAAGUUAAAGCCUGUAAAUUUUGCACUUGUGCAGCUUGAACAGGUUAUUUUUGAUGAAUUUGGUUAAAAUUCUUUUAUGGAAUAAACUCAAGCAGUGAGAAAAAUAAUGAAUAUUAUAAUUUUGUUAUUCUGACUCCGACUGAUGAUUUGUUGGUCCGUCUAACCCACAGCUCUGAAUAUUUUCUUCUGUUGCAGAUAUCAUUGAGAUGGACUCAAAGAGGGUUCCUCGGGACAAACUUGGCUGCAUCACACGCUGCAGUAAGCACAUCUUCAGCGCCAUCAGGAUCACGAAGAACGAGCCGGCCUCGGCGGACGAUUUCCUCCCUGCUCUCAUUUACAUCGUGCUGAAGGCGAACCCUCCGAGGCUUCAGUCCAACAUCCAGUACAUUACUCGUUUCUGCAACCCCAGCAGGCUGAUGACCGGAGAGGACGGAUACUACUUCACCAACUUGGUUUGUUUUUGUUUUAAUCUUUUCUAGAUUCAAUCUUUUUUAGAGCUGGUUUCAACUGAAGACUCUAGCUCACAGUUUCCAAUCUAUGUUGUACUGAAUAAACGGGGCUAGAUACAGAUAAACUGGGUGGACUGACCAAAUCAAUGCUUAACACACACUCUUUACUACUUAAAGAGAAGAGAAACUCAGAGUUCCUCUUAAGAGUCUAUAUCUGGUUAUGAAACAGCCUGAAGUGAUACUGAUCAGUCCACCAACAACACCACUGAUCAUCUCUAUGUAGGUGAUUUUAAUAUUCAUAACCACUGCUGCCUGGAAGGUGUCAGACGAAAACAGUAAAAAAAAAACAGCUUUUGUGUUCGCUCUCCUUUGCAAAAAUUCACACCAAGUGAUACAUUUGACCAUUUAAAUAAGCAGACCCAGGAUAUUUAACAUUAAAAAGGCUUUUUAUUUCUGUCAAAAAAGAAUUUAGAGUAUUAAAAAAAUAUAGGAAAUUAUAUAUUUAUUUAUUGUCUUGGUCUAUUUGAUCAUGUUUGUUAUGCAGUGUAGUGUAGAAAAGCAGAAAUGACAAAAUCAACAAUAAUUUUGCUGACAGUAAUUACAGCUCAAGUCUGAAAAUAAGAGUAGAAAAUGUACGGGGUAAAAGUUGGUUUAAAACAAAAAGUGAAACUCAUGCAAAGUGCAGAUUUCUUAAGACUCUACAUCAGUAUAAUAUUAAAAUAUAUGCACAGAAUUAUGAUUGUAAUUUAUUCUGGGCUCUAUUCAAACAUAAUGGAACAGGAUCAGGGCGUUAUAAUGAAGACAUUUGUCUCCUGUUUGACAAACAGCAGCGAGUUAGUGGAGAGUCAAAAUGAGUAGUGCACUUUACUGAACUGUAAGACAUCCAUUAAUAUUUUAUUUAACAGUUGAAAAUAUAAGAUAACACGUGUAAAUGAGUGUUAUUGAGCUUUGAAGCUGUUGGUGAGGGGAAUUAAGCCUCUUUUCUUCUCAAUGUGAACCGGAGUUGGCCUUUUUCAGUGCCAGGGUGUAAUCGAGCUAAUGCUUCCCUUAAAGACUCAACAAACUGAUACUCUUAUGAUACUCACAUGUAUGAAAUCCCCCUGAAUCUCAACCCCCAUUUUAUCCGCUGUGUCUCUUUUUAUUCAGUGCUGUGCAGCGGCCUUUAUCGAGAAAUUGGACGCUCAGUCUCUCAACCUUUCCCCGGAGGAAUUCGAGCGCUACAUGUCGGGCCAAGCCUCGCCUCGAAUCAACAGCUCUGACGCCGACUGGCCCGGCGCAGGCCAGACGCCAGAUGUGGUCGCCACCAACCCUGUCUUGGCUCAGCUCAACCACAACCUGGAGCUGCUGUCCAGCCUGAACAGCCGACAGGAGACGGUGAUGGAGGCUGCCCAGAGCCUGCAGGCUGACCUCCUCUCAUGGCCCCAGGCUGUGAAGCGGGAGGUGCAGGAAAUCCUGGAGAAAUACCCUCUGCAGAUUCUUCCUCGCACCGUUUCUGCCAUUGAUGCCAACAACAUGGACAAUGAGAACCUGCCACCGCCACUCACUCCACAGGUGUUUGCCGGGUAG